AUGUCUACCCCCAAUGCCGAAUCGUCCGAUAUCUCACCGGAUGAGUGCGAGCGCUGUUUUGCCUUUUUACAGACCUUCCACGGACAAGAGUUUCUACAAGCAUGUUACGAGGAACGCGAAGAACGAAAACGUAUCAGCAAACCAAAUACCAUUCACGGAAAACUCUUGAAACUCUCUGAAGUUCGGAAGCAUCAUGAAUGGGAAGCACACAAACGCGAUAUCUUCUUCUACUACAUGCGAAAUUUUAGCUCCGCAGGCAUAUUACGAGAGAUCACUGCCACAGGCUACCGGUUCUCAAGUCAAUCACCGCGAACUUGUGAUAACAGAUUAGAGGCAUGGGGCUACCCUCUUAAUCCACAUUCCAGGCAGAUAUUUUUGAGUCGAUUGCGAGAGGAAGCAGCAGCUUGGGAGAGAAAAAUUCAACUUGACCUUCAGAAUGGUCUCUCGGAAGUAUCUGACCUAUCGAAUUUAGAAACAGUUGCUUGUCCCAGUCAUAUCCGCCUCAAUGUAUUCAACACACCAUUUGGAUUUGGAGAUUCUCCAACUCUUGGCACGACUAAAGGAAAGACAAUAACCGAUGUCAUAGAACCACUUGACCACAAAGCGUCGAAAUCCAUUAUGCCACAAGGCUCUACAAUUUUGGACCAUACUUUCCAAUUGGAUAGUGUUUCGCCGAGAAAUUUUGACGAAUUUACCAAUGGGCAGAUUCCAAUGGACACUUGCUUGCCUUCUUCGGCAAGUUCAUUCAUCUCACAGGAAGUCAUUGGCUGGGCCGAAAGUCAAAACAAUAACGAUGUAUCUCCCGAAUAUAUCAACCCCAGCGUAUUAACUGCACCAAUCUCGUCUGUCAAAUCUGAUACCGAUUCUGGCUAUUACUCGAUGGAAGUGGUAGAGAAACUCUUAGGAUAUCAAGAAAUAGAUGAUGAUAUACAAGAGGAACAGGAGGCCUCUGUUGAUGGAGACUUUGACAUGGUUGACCCUAGACCUGAUAGUCCGGAUCAAGCGUAUUACCAACUCUUCGAUGCUAACUCCAUGAUUCCAUCGAAUGAAAUGAACUCUCUUCUACGGCAGAAGCUAGAUUCUCCACGCCGAUCAUCUAUACUACACACGAUUCCUUGCAGAAAUGAUCACAUGGAUAUUGCACUCGGCAAGAGAACUGUAUGCGAAUGUGGGGUCACUCAAGUCCAUGCUGUUUGCCUCUGCAUGAUCGAUUUACCUGACCAUCAAAUUCUCACAAUACUAGGACAUGUCUUCAACAAAGACAAGAUUGAUGGGGCAGGGAAUACUCCACUCCACUAUGUUGCAGCAGCUGGGCGAAAGGAUGUCCUUGAGUACAUGAUUGCGUCUGGCAUUGACCCAGGACGAUUAAACACUAUUGGCCAGAGCUUCUUACAUGUUUUGGACGCCAGCCGUUUUAGUGAUGAUUUGAUUAACUUCCUUGAGAUGUUCAAAGAUAGCGGUUUACUAGAGCAACGUGAUCAUAAUGGUCGAACGGUGCUGCAUGGUCUUCUUCGAAAUCCAAUACUGCCUCAUGUGUAUCAUGACCUAGUAGAUUUCUACGGACCCGAAAGAGUAAUACAAUUCUCGCUUCGGGAUAAUCAAGGUCUGACAGCAGCACAACAUAUACGAAAUGUUGCCCAAGCUCAAAAUCCUUAUGCAUCAUAUGGCCAUGUCGGCUACGCGCAAGCUAUAGUAGUCUACGAAAAUAUCGCCAAUCGAUUCAUUACACAGACUGAAAUCCCUGGUAACUCUAUUGAGGAGACACAAAACCGUAUUGCGGUUCUUAGAAAUUCCAACCCCAACGUGGCGGAUUCCGUUCCGAACACCGAGGAUAGUACGGGUAGCAAUGCCCUCCAUUGCUUGGUCCUACCACCCAGAACUUGUACUCUGGAAGAUACCGAAAGACGCCUCGAUAGGCUGAAGCAAUACAUAUUUUUCGGAGCAGAUAUCAAUCAUUAUGAUCAAGCCGGUAGAACACCACUUCUCGCAGCCAUCAUCGAACCUACUUCUCCCACAAAUGAAUCCGCCACCAAAGCGAUCGUCGAAUUACUUUGCCAGAGCGGUGCUAAUAUCUAUCAAAAGGAUCGAGAUGGCCACACUGCAUUAUAUCACGCGAUACGCAAAGGUUAUUGUGACUGUGUUGCCAUUCUACUUCAACACGGAGCCCAUGUGAAUUGCAGAGCCCCAAAUGGACGCAGCUAUCGAACGGCUGCGCAGGAUUAUUUGCAGGAACAUCUAUCGGCAAGUGAUCAGGAAGGGUUUGAUAAAUUACAAAAACGACUGGCUGUUGUAUCGGCCUUGGUCGCUUACAGAGCUGUAUUGGAGCCAACGCUACUCCAGGCCUGGGGUGUUGAUGCGACGUGA